AUGAAAAAAUUGUUCAGCUCCAAUCAACAAAGCCCGCACAUAGGGAAAACUUUUCAAGUCGGUCGAUAUAAUGUGGUGGUGGAGGAUAUUAUAGCAGAAGGUGGCUUUGCCAUUGUUUUUCUGGUGAAGCUUCCAAAUGGCAGCAGGCUGGCACUCAAGAGGAUGUAUGUUAACAGUGAUCGUGAUCUGGCAGUCUGUCAAAAGGAAAUCAAAAUAAUGAGAGAUUUGAGUGGACACAAGAACAUUAUUCGCUACAUUGAGUCAAGUGUCAAUGUCACCCAGAAUCGUGUCUAUGAGGUGCUGAUACUCAUGCAGUUUUGUAGAGGCUCGGUCAUACAGUUAAUGAAUGACUGUAUUGACUCUGGCUUCUCAGAAAGGGACAUUCUGAAGAUUUUCUGUGAUGUUUGUGAGGCAGUGUCCCGACUGCAUCACUGCCAGACACCGAUCAUUCACCGAGACUUGAAGGUGGAGAAUAUAUUGAUAGGUGAUGGAGGAAAUUAUGUACUCUGUGACUUUGGAAGUGCUACAGGAAGAGUAAUGGAUCCCUCACUACAAAAAGUCACCGCAAUUGAAGAAGAAAUACAAAAGUACACAACUUUGUCCUACAGAGCCCCAGAAAUGAUCGACUUAUAUGGAGGGACACCGAUCACAACAAAAUCUGAUAUUUGGGCCUUAGGCUGUCUGCUGUACAAACUGUGCUUUUUUACUCUUCCUUUUGGGGAGAGUUCUCUUGCCAUCCAGAGUAAUAACUACACAAUACCUGAUAAUUGUCGAUAUUCCAGUAAUCUCAUGUCUUUAAUAGCCUACAUGUUAGAAAAGGAUCCGAAGAAGAGGCCUGACAUAUUCCAGGUGUCCCAUGUGGCCUUUAAUAUUGCUGGGAGACCUAACCCAGUGCCAAACAUGAAUUCCUCACCUGUGCCUGAUCUGAAAACUUUGCCGAGUCCAUUAACAGAGUCUGAGGCUAAACAGAUUAAAUCAAAUUCACUGAAAAAUUCAAAUGCUGUCAGUGUUGAAAGUACGACAGUAGCCCCUCGACACAGACCUCGUGGUCAGCAGACUCCUGCCAGCACAUCUCUUGGCCUACCGAUUCAGACGUCCAUAGCACCAAGAAAAAGACCAACUGCAAGUAAUCCUAACACCCCUGUUGAUGUUGGCCCUCAGCCGGCAGCUCAGAUCCCAGUGUUGGCAGUUCCGGUGUCCCCCAUGUUUGCACCCAGUUCCCAGCAGGCGACAGCACAGGCAGGAGUCCCAGUAUCACCCAUGUUCCCACCCAGUUCCCAGCAGGCGACAGCACAGGCAGGAGUCCCAGUAUCACCCAUGUUCCCACCCAGUUCCCAGCAGGCGACAGCACAGGCAGGAGUCCCAGUAUCACCCAUGUUCCCACCCAGAGUCCCAGUAUCACCCAUGUUCCCACCCAGUUCCCAGCAAACCACCCCAACUGUAACUACCCAAACCCAGGCGACCUUUUCAAAUGUGUCCAACCAGCCUUUCUAUGGCCAGCAGACACCGCAACAACCACUUGUAACACAACAGCAACAACCACUUGUGACACAACAGCCACAGCCACUUGUGACACAACAGCAACAAUCACUUGUGAUACAACAGCAGCAACCUCAGGUGCUGCAACAGGUGAAAGUGGGACAACUGGGAGAUGAGCAUUUUUUUGAGGAUAUGUCCAAAUCUGAUCCAUUGCUAGCGUCUCAGAGUGAUGCUAUUUUUAAACGGCCAGCAGUGCUUCAUGGCCGAUUUGUAACUUCAGAUAGAAAUACUGUAUCAUUGGGUUUGCUGAACCCACCAAGUGACAGCAAGAUCAGCCGUCAUAGGCGAAAUGUCAGUGACACUUCUUUCUUGUCCAUGGGAGGUAAAGGCAGUGCUUUCAGGGCAUAUCAUGGCAGUCAGCUGGCUGCACCAAUUGAUGCAAAAUCAAAGUCUGCAACAACAACUCCAAUAAGUUCUCCACCGCCACUAGGUUCUCAGAGGUAUGGCAGACCUGUUUCAGCUGACCUUGCAGAAUGGAAUCCGUUUUCUGAUGACAACUUUGGUGUAGAUGCUGAUGAUAUGAUGUUUGGGGAGGAAUUUGAUAAAAUCCGUAGAGGUUCAAAUACCAGUAUUUCCAAUGUUAAAAGUCGGGAAGACUUAGUGAUGUCCGGCUCUGAUUCUUCAGAUCCCUUUUGUAAUGCUCCAUUUAAAAAAUCAGACAAAUCUAAAGAUGCUAGUCCCAGUGAAAGCAGCACAGAUGGAGACGAGAGGAAUCUUCAGGUUCGAGAGAAGUCCAAGCCACAAGAAGCCGCUUUUGUUGAACAGGCAGCACCCAGCACAGAUACCCAGAAGUCAUCUGAAACUCGGUCCAGAGAUUUCCUCGGUGCUGGCCACUUAAGAGCUGCCCUUGCUAGGGCUAAGUACUCACAGCUGAUUGAUUCUGAUGAGACUGAAGAGCAAGAUCAAACAACAGAUGGGCAGAAGUCACACCUCGAAAAAGGUAUUAAAGCUCUAAUACAGGAUUCUAUGCCACACUUAGGGACAGUUGGUGUGGGGAAGAGCAAAUCUGAACCAAGAGAUCGCAAAGAGUCCAGUUCCUCUUAUGCAGACGAAGACUUUCCCUCUGGGAAAAGACAGCAGAAGAAUGAUUUUGGGUAUCAGGAACUGGAUGAUGAGUUUGGAUCUCGGCCAGUUGACCCCAGUGGAUCAUUGAUUGUGAAACAAAGUGCUGUUGAUAAUGAGAGUUUGCAGUUUGUUUCCAGGUCGGACCCUAUAGUAGGACAUGAGUAUGGAGUUCGGCCUUUGCUAGAUGAUGAUGAGCUACAAGAGGCAUAUGGCAGUCAAACCCAAACCUGGGCUAAGGCAGGAGUCCAGAGUCAUUCUGAUCAAUUUUUCUACUCCGAUGGAAUGACAAACCAGGGGUUGGCUGGGCUGUCAGACCAACAAGGGUCAUACAAUAAUAUCGGUGGUAAAUUUGCAGCCCACAUGUAUCACCACACUGCUGUAGCCUCAGAGGCUGCAGAAGCAGAUUUUGUUGAUCAUGCUGCCAUGACAACAUCAUCUUCUUCAGUGGUAUCUCCAGAGCUAGAAGCAGGUUUUGAUGUCUUUUCAGCUGCACCAUUCAAGCACCGAUCAUCAAAGAGGUCUACCCCUGCGUCAGUUCUGGCUUCUGGUACUUCGUCUGCAAAUUUGCAAUCAUCUGAUGUUUUUGAAGGAGCCCCAUUUAAACAUAAAGCUCCCAAAAGCAACAACUCUUCUACAGUUACCAGCCCAGGAAGCUGCCAGUCAGUUCCCACCAUUGCUGGCAACUCCAAGAAAAGUGAAUAUCAACAAGAUGUCUUUGGCAGUACGCCAUUCAGGUCAUCCUUAACACCGACUUCUACUGGGCCAUCUUCUAGCACAGUUUCCCCAACUGGAGACUACACCAUGUGCCUGAAGACUCCUGAUGAAGCCCAGCCUGGAAGCUUGCCUAGUAUGGCUAGUUCUGUCUCAGGUUCAGUAAUUUCUCAUAUUCCAGGCACAACCAGUAGCCUUGUUUUACAUCAAGGUGGUACUGUGCCAGUGAAAUCACAGACCUGGUCACAAAGUGGCACAAGCUUUGAUUAUAACACACAGAUGAAGAAUGGAUUCAGCAUGGAUUCUACCAGCCUUAGCCACGCUAUGUCACAGUCAGCUCUGCCACGAUCUUUAUCAGAAGUUGGAGUUGGUAACAUCUCUGAAGAUCCCUUUGGGGCUGUUCCUCUGAACAAAGCUAUGAAGCGUUCUGUGAAGAAAGUAAGUGUCCCGCAAGAGGUUCCUAUUUCUGCCACAUUCUCUACUACAAGCUUUCCACAAACAUUCGCAGGAAACAUCACCAAUAACCAGCGUGAAUUUAAUGCACUUGCCCACAGAGUCCAGCCCCCAGGAGGGCAGUUUCCAGUACAGCCACAGGGUCAUUAUUACUCCUUGAGUUCUCUUGAUGUCCAGUCACCACCUGAUUAUAUUCAGCAGAACUUACAAGCUGUAACUCGACCACCCUACCAAACCACUGCCAGUGUUUCCAGCCAACAGCAGACACAAGCUACAGGAGCAUCCUUUACUCAUCCUUUUCCUCAGUACUAUGGCAGCCAGCAACAGUUGCUGGGUAGCUAUCUACCCUUUUCACCAGAGGGGUCCCUUCAGAAUCAGCACCAAGUUCCGCUGCCCUCUUAUCAUGUUUUGUCGAGUAAAGCACCAGUGAACCUCCCUCAGCCCAUUCCUCUUCAGCAGAAUGUGUUACAACAGCAAAGUCAGCUGUAUUUGUUCAAUAAAGGAAGCCAGCAAACAGUCCAACCAAAUAGCUACAGCCAAGGUCCGAAACAAACCAGUGCAGCAACUCAGGCCAGGACAUUUGCCCAACGACCAAGUGACCUCACAAUGACUUCUAGCACAUCCCUGCCCCAGCCGUUACCCUAUUCUCAGCAGCCUGCCUGGGACUUUGCCGGCCAGGAUAAUAUCGACUGGGACACUGCCGGAGAUUAUGAUGAUGAGAGUAAAUAUCAGAGAUUGAAAGCCAGAACUGCUAGCAAACGCUCCAGUAGAGAUGUCAGCAUCUCUGCAUUUGCCAACAUGAGCUUUAAUGAUGAAGAUGAGUUCUCUAUGGGGUCUCCUUCUUGUGAAUCCCCAUCCAUUUCCCAGGAAGCCACAUCAUCCACCCAGAACAUUUACAUGUCAUCAAACUAUCCCUGUAGAGAAUCUUCACCCUCCAGCUGUGAGCUCGGCAAAGCUGUAGUUGUAGCAGCAGCAGCCGGAUAUGACUCUGGCACCUGGCCCCGUAAACACAGACGCCACCAGACCAAGGCGGAACCUUUUUCAGUGAACAAGAAGUGA